CACACAAGGAGUCGACCAGGCAGGGGCACUGGCACGGCGCGUUGCCCCUGCCAGACAGCACGACCCCAACCAGUUCGUCCAGUCCAGCAGCAGGUGCAGUGCAGGCGGCGGCGGUGGCGGUGGCGGUGGCCGAGGAGGAGGAGGGAAUAGCCAGCCGAAUAGGGAUUGAGAUUUUGGGCGGCAGAAAUACGGGGGGGAAACCUCGCGAAAAACUCAAAACAGGCGCGCAACUGUGAGAGGUGGAAGAGAAAGGGCGAGUCCAACUGGCGUGGCACCCGUUCCGUUCCCCGUCCACGCCGCAUAAAUCCCAACAAGGCAGCAGGCGCUGGCGCGGCGUGUAUCUCCUUCGCAAGAGACAAAAAAAAAAUACAAAAACAAAGAAAAUCAAUCGCAAACACGGAGGUCAUAGGGCGGCUGAUUCGGAUCGGGCACUAGCUACAUGACCACCCUCCUCGCCAAUAGGAUCACUACGCUCGUGCGCGCUCCUCCCAUGGCCGCCACCGCCGCUGCCGCCGUCGCCGUCGCGGGAGGGAGGAGGCCAUUGCACCGGACCUUCGCGCACCCGGAGAUGGAGAUGGAGGAGGAGCACCAGCAGCGCGCGUGCCGCAGCAGGGGAUCCUCGUCCUCCUCUUCCUGCUCCUCGUCGUCGUCGACGGCGGCGUCGCCCGCCCGGGGGUCGGGGACGGGGAUAGUGGUGAUCGUCGGCGCCACGGGCACCGGGAAGACCAAGCUGUCCAUCGACGCCGCGGAGGCGGUCGGAGGGGAGGUGGUGAACGCCGAUAAGAUCCAGCUCUACGCCGGCCUCGACAUCACCACCAACAAGGUGGCCCCCGCGGACCGCCGCGGCGUCCCGCACCACCUCCUCGGCGCCAUCCGCCCCGACGCCGGCGCGUUCCCGCCCUCGACGUUCCGCUCCGUCGCUGGCGCCACGACCGCCUCGAUCGCCGCCCGGCGCCGCGUCCCCAUCGUCGCCGGCGGGUCCAACUCCCUCAUCCACGCCCUCCUCGCCGACCGCUUCGACUCCGCCGCCGACCCGUUCUCCUCGUCGUGGGUCCGCCACGACCGGCCCGCGCUCCGCUCCCCGUGCUGCCUCCUCUGGGUCCACGUAGACGACGCGCUCCUCGCCGAGUACCUGGACCGGCGCGUGGACGACAUGGUGGGCGGCGGCAUGGUGGAGGAGCUCCGGGCGUACUUCGCCACGACCACCGCCGCGGAGCGCGCCGCGCACGCCGCCGGGCUGGGCAGGGCCAUCGGCGUGCCCGAGCUGGGCGCCUACUUCGCGGGCCGCACCAGCUUCCGCGCCGCGAUCGACGACAUCAAGGCCAACACGCGGGACCUGGCGGCCGCGCAGGUGUCGAAGAUCCGCCGCAUGGCCGACGCCUGGGGCUGGCCCAUCCAACGGCUCGACGCGUCCGCCACCGUCCGCGCACGCAUCCAGGGCGCGGGCCCGGACGUGGAGUCGGCGUGCUGGGAGCGCGACGUGCGCGGGCCCGGGCUCGCCGCCAUCCGGAGCUUCCUGCUGGAGCUGGACAGCGACAGCAUCAUCACCAAUGGCAGCGCCGAGAUGGAGCCGGAGCCGCGGGUGCGAUGCUGCGACGUGGUGGGGUGAGCUCCCGGGUCCGUCCUGCUGCUGCCGCUGCUGUCACUUUCCUGGCGGAGUUAUUCGCGUUACGGCGCAAAAAGAAUGCGGGGGGCUUUUGGAUUCGAGGGUUUUGGCCGCCGAUUUUGCAGGGUUCCGGCGGCGCCCUCUGCCGCUGACCGGUGGGGUCCGGCGAAGGGCACGGUGAGUGACACGGGGACGAGAGAGACGAAGGUUAGGAAAGGCUUCUUGUUAGUGUUAAUUUAGUUUAGGCAGAGAUAAGCAUUGCAGAAGGGAGGGAGGGAGAGAGGCUGUGAAUUCUUUGUUGCAGAGGACAGGGGGGUUUCUUUUCUUCUUCUUCUUUUUUCCCUUUUUGGUUCGUCCGUUUCCUAACUGCACCCACUGUAUGUACUACUAAUCCACUAUUAGACAGUUCAAAUUUUGAAAUAUAUACUUAUGCAGUACAGCUAGCUGA